GAACCUAAUGGCUUGGAGCACUCGUAGAAGAUAAGAGAAGCACCAAAAGUGCCUAAAGAGGGGCUUGUGUCGGAUGUAUGAAAGCCACGCUUCCACGUAUGUUCUGGAAGAACGGUUAUCUUCUCAUCCCUUCUCCGCUUUUCUAAGUCCAGUCUUCUACAGAGGAGAGGAGAGGAGAAGAGAAGGCUAUAGAAAAUGACCAUGCAGCUGAAGGCACCCUCAAGAUCUCACACCAUCAAGUCUUUACCGACAGCAUCUCCUUUGGCCACAGUCGGCAAUGCAGGUCUGCGACGACCGACCGAUCUGUUCGCUCUAAAGUCAUCCUUUUUCUCUCCUUCACUUAACCUCUUGCUUUCUCCUCAACAACGGACUCCUGCGUCUGCUGCACCCAGAUUCUCUAUGCGUGUCGCCUCCAAGCAAGCCUAUAUUUGUCGCGAUUGCGGCUAUAUUUACAAUGAGAGAACUCCCUUCGAGAAAGUACCUGAUAAGUACUUUUGUCCUGUCUGUGGUGCUCCUAAGCGAAGAUUUAGGGCUUAUGAACCUGCUGUGGCGAAAAAUGCUAAUGAAGGUGAAGCUCGCAAGGCACGGAAAGCGCAAAUUCAGAGAGACGAAGCAAUUGGGAGGGCACUCCCAAUCGCAGUUGUGGUGGGAGUUGUGGCACUAGCGGGAUUAUACUUCUACCUGAAUAAUAGCUUAGGUUAAUAGUUAGGCUGCCAUGAGGGUGGACAGAAUGAUCCCUGUAUUUACAUUCUAUUUCUUAUAGUUCGUAUUUUCCAUUCACGAUUCCAAUAGCUUCGAGCUGUUUCCCCACCAUUUUUAGCAUACAUAUAAACCCAUUGAAGUCUGUCUUGGAGUAGAGUAGAAUAUGUUUACCCGAGGAAAAUCACAACUCACCUAAGUAAUGAAGCAAGUCAUUUUUGUUUUGUU